AUGGCUCCCAAGAAGAAGGGAAACAAGCGGCAAGAGGAGGAUUGGGAGGCUGAGCUCGGUGAAUCCGCACAGAGCCCCGACGCCCCCGCGGAUGAGCCCCAGAAUGGUGCCGAAGAAGGUGCCGAAGAGGAGGCCGGUGCCGGUGGUUUGAUGGCUGCUCUGCGUAAGAACAAGGCUCGGAAGGCUAAGAAGGGCAAGCCCGUGAACGAUUUCGUCGAGGGCGAGGAUGCUAGUGCCGAUUUGGCCAGCAAGCAGCCGGAGGAAGGUACUUUCGAUGAGGACGAUGUCUUUGCCGGAAAGGCCAAGAAGCCUAUCAAGGAGGUCGUCCCUCCUCCGGAAGCGGAUGAUGGCGAGUUCCGCGUGAAGUCCAAGAAGGAGAAGGAGAAGGAGAAGAAGGAGCGCGAGAAGCAACGUAAGAAGGAACAGGCUGCUGCGAAGAAGAAGGCUGCUCCCGUCGUCCCACAGAAGACCGAGUCGGCGAAGCCUGUCGCUGAGUCUAAGAAGGACGAACCUGCGCCUGUCUCUGCUCCCGAGCCCGCUGGUAAGAAGAAGAAGCUUCCUCCUCACCUGGCGGCUCUCCAGAAGCAGCAGGAGCUGCUCCGUCAGCAACGUGAGGAGGAGGAGCGUUUGGCUGCUGAGGAGAAGGCCGCUCAGGAGGAGGCCGCUCGCUUGGAGGCUGAGGAAGAGAAGAAGCGCGAGGAGGCUCGUCAACGGAAGAAGGAGAAGGAACGCGAGAAGAAGGAGCAGUUGCGCAAAGAAGGCAAGCUUCUGACCAAGGCCCAGAAGGAAUUACAGGCCAAGAAUGAGCUGCGGAUGAAGCAGAUGCUUGCCGCUGGUGGCAAGGUUGCUGGUCUGGAAGAGGGUACCGCCGAGAAGAAGCGCCCUGUCUACGAGAACCGGAAGAAGAAGGGUGGCAAGAAGCAGGAAGAUGAUCUUGAGGCCGCCGCUGAGAGAGCUCGUGCUCAACGUGAGGCCGAGGAUGAGCGCCGGAAGAAGGAGGCUGAGGAGAAAGCCAAGGCCGAGGCCGAAGCUGCUGCCAAAUCAAAGUCUGCUUCCGAAGACGACGACGCUGUCGAUGACUGGGAGAAGGCCGCUGAUCUGGAUGACGACGUGAAGGACAGCUGGGAUGCCCCCACUGAUGAUGAAGAGGAGAAGCCCGCUGCCAAUGGCGCUGAUGCUGAUAAGAAGGAUGAGGAUGAAGAGUCUUCGGAUGAAGAUGAUUCUUCCGAAGAGGACUCCGAAGAUGAGGAGCAGACUGCUAAUCAGAAAGCCAUCGCCCUGCGUAAGGCUGAGGCCGCUGAGCGCAGAAAGAAGCAACACGAAGAAGCCAUGGCUGCUCGGUCGAAGGACAAUCUUCGGUCGCCCAUUUGCUGUAUUCUGGGUCACGUCGAUACCGGUAAGACCAAGCUGCUGGACAAGAUUCGUCAGACCAACGUGCAGGAGGGCGAAGCCGGUGGUAUCACUCAGCAAAUUGGUGCUACCUACUUCCCCGUUGAUGCUCUACAGCAGAAGACUGCUGUCGUGAACAAGGAUGGCAAGUUCGAGUUCAAGAUCCCCGGUCUGUUGAUCAUUGAUACUCCUGGUCACGAGUCCUUCUCCAACCUGCGUUCAAGAGGUUCCUCUCUUUGCAAUAUUGCCAUUUUGGUCGUCGAUAUCAUGCACGGUCUCGAGCCCCAGACUCUGGAGUCGAUGCGCUUGCUGCGUGAACGCCGCACUCCCUUCAUUGUGGCAUUGAAUAAGAUCGAUCGUCUGUACGGCUGGAAGAAGAUUGACAACAACGGCUUCGAGGAGAGUUUGGCGAUGCAAAGCAAGGGUGUCCAGAACGAGUUCCGCACUCGUCUCGAGUCAACCAAGCUUGCUUUCGCCGAGGAGGGUUUCAACUCCGAGCUCUUCUUUGAGAACAAGUCCAUGGCUCGCAAUGUCUCCCUGGUGCCCACCUCCGCCCACACUGGCGAGGGUGUUCCCGACAUGCUGAAGCUCCUGACCACGCUGAGCCAAGAGCGUAUGACCAACUCGCUGAUGUAUCUGUCGGAGGUUGAGUGUACCGUUCUCGAAGUCAAGGUUAUUGAGGGUCUUGGUACCACCAUUGAUGUGGUCCUUUCCAAUGGUAUCCUUCGUGAGGGUGAUCGAAUUGUCCUGUGCGGUCUCAAUGGACCUAUAUCAACUAAUAUUCGAGCACUCUUGACUCCUGCUCCUCUAAAGGAGCUUCGUUUGAAGUCUCAGUACGUGCACAACAAGGAGGUCAAGGCCGCCCUUGGUGUCAAGAUUGCUGCCAACGACUUGGAACACGCCAUUGCUGGUUCGCGUCUGCUCGUUGUUGGCCCUGACGAUGAUGAAGAGGAUCUGGAGGACGAGGUCAUGUCCGAUCUGGAGAACCUGCUGAGCCGCGUUUCCACUGACCAGCGUGGUGUCACUGUCCAGGCGUCCACUCUGGGCUCCCUGGAAGCCCUUUUGGAGUUCCUCAAGGUUUCCAAGAUUCCCGUCGCCAACAUUUCCAUUGGUCCCGUCUAUAAGCGUGAUGUCAUGAUGGCCGGAACCAUGCUGGAGAAAGCUAAGGAGUAUGCCGUCAUGCUGUGUUUCGAUGUCAAGGUUGACAAAGAAGCCGCCGCUUAUGCUGCCGAUGUUGGCGUCAAGAUCUUCACUGCCGACAUCAUUUACCACUUGUUCGAUGACUUCACCAAGCACAUGGCUGAGUUGGUCGAGCAACGCAAGGAGGAUAGCAAGAUGCUCGCCAUUUUUCCCUGCAUCAUUAACCCGGUUGCCGUCUUCAACAAGAAGGACCCCAUCGUCAUUGGUGUCGAUGUCAUUGAUGGAAGCCUGCGACUUCACACCCCCUUGGCUGCUGUUCGCACCAACGCUGCCGGCCAGAAGGAGAUUAUUGAUAUUGGCAGAGUGACAUCUAUUGAGCGUGACCACAAGGCUAUCCCAGUCUGCAAAAAGGGCCAGCCCUCUGUUGCUGUCAAGAUCGAGGGACCCAACCAGCCCAUGUAUGGCCGUCAACUGGAGGAGAAAGACCAGCUGUACUCUCACAUCUCACGUGCCAGUAUCGAUACCCUCAAAGAGUUCUACCGAUCUGAGGUCACUAUGGACGAGUGGGGACUGGUCAAGAGGCUCAAGCCCGUGUUCGACAUCCCUUGA